UGAUGGGAAGACUAAAAGGUUUUCACCUACACCCUCGAAGCAGUGGAUACGCACCACUUGUAUUUUCCGGUUUCAGCGCAAACAGGGAGACGCUGAACUAAACCGUUACUUAUAACAGCCGCGCGGCAUAUGAAAGAAACCACCGUCAACACAAAGUCACAAUAGUUACCCCAACUAGACCAGAAAGAAAGAAAAAAGUUUGACAAAACGCGAAGAACAACGCUUUUUGUUUGAACUUGUUCCUAUAGCCAGAGAGAGAGAGAAAGAAAGAAAAUAAAUAAAUAAUGGGCAGUGAUGCAAUGGGAAGAGAAGGGUACCGUACGUUGAAGGAUUUAAGAUUGGAAAUUGAAGGAAAAGAGGGAACUUUCUCUAUAUGCUUUUGGGUUUAUUUGAUGAAUUCUACUACAUUCCCUGCUAUCAUUCUUCACCAGGUUCACUCUGAUAUCUCCCAAAGUGCUCCUUUUCUCAUUAUUAACGAAAAUAAGAGAGUCAAUAUUUUGCCAGUUCUUUUCUUGCACGAAGAAGCUCCUGAUACUGGCAGUAUAAAUUCCUGGACAGAAGUUCCACAUGCUACUGUUGAUUUUGAGUUUUCUUUGGAAAAAUGGGUUCAUGUUGGAUGUGAGGUUUGUCCAAAUAAUAUCCGGCUUCAGAUUAAUGGGGAGAUUGUAGCCAAAAAGUCACUGUCUUCCUUAUUAAAUAAGGAAUCCAAUUCAAGUGAUUUGAAGAAAAUAACUUUAGCAAAUGUUGGGGGAAACGGAAAUAAUGUGCAGGGUUAUGUGCACAAUUUUGAAGUAUUCCAUAAUGUUUCAUUUAUCAAAGAUCAUCAUUUGAAGGACCCUCCUCUAAAGUUAUCAAUAGAUGAAUCGGCUGCCUCUGAGGUUGAAGAAGAAAGUGGCGGUAUUUGGGGCAUUGUUGGUGGCAAAGCAUCUUGUCGCAGGAAUUUCUCUUUAGAUGUUGUUUUAUCAGAUGCCUUUGGACAACCUGUAGAUAAGGAGAAUGAGCAGGUUUUUGCUUCUCUUGUGUAUGCUGACACGGGGGCUCCAGUGGAGAAUACAAGUGAUGACGAAGCACCCCUUUUGUCUAGCUAUGAUGGGAUUGAAUUUUCUUCUCGUGAAAGACCUAGUAAACUUUUGUUGGGUCGUGCAUCAUUUAAGCUCAGGAUAUCUCAGCUUUCAUCCAAGUGUGAUAACAGGUUGUUCCUCAUCAGAUUUUGUGUUCCAAAGUUAGGAAAUUAUCCUUUCCUUCAGACAAACACCUGUCCAAUUCGAUGCAUCUCCAGGAGCCGUAACACAAGAUUAUCCACGCUCGUGUGGAAAAGGUCAACUUAUGCUCUCCAAAGACUCAAUUUAUCACAAUCUUCAGCAAUGGAUGAUAGGUCGUUGGAACAUACACAUUCUGGUCAUGAAGAAAAAACCAAUCCACUGAUGAAGCGGUUUAGAGUUGGACUUGACAAGAUAUCUGUAUCAGUUAAUGCAGACUCCACCAAAAAGCAAUCUGGUGUUGAAUGUAAUUCUCAUGUAUGGAUACCUAAUCAGGUUGAGAAUGGGUUUCCAAGAAGCUUGGAUGGAAGAUCUCUUAACUUCGAAGAAGACGCCUAUCCAUCUGAAUCAGAGAGUAUAGGGGAGAGAAAUUCACCUUCAAAUAGUAUGGGAAGUAGAAGAUAUCCGAUAUCUGAUAUAACCAUUUUCAAAUACUGCCUGGCAGGCUUGACUGAGAGAUCUCUCAUGCUUAAAGAAAUUGCCACCUCUUCUUCUGAUAGAGAAAUUUCAGAGUUGGCUCAUCAAGUUUCGCACUAUUCAGGAUGUUCCCACCACGGAAACCAAAUACUAAGUGCCAAGAGAUUGAUAGAGGAUGGAACUAAUCUAUGGAGGGCGAUGUCUGCAAACAACCACCACGUUCCUUGGGAGAGCGCAGUGUAUGAGAUUGAAGAGCAAUUCAUGAAGAUUGCUUCAUGUGGGUCAAGAUCUUUCUCUCAUCAGGACCUUGAGAUUUUAAGAAGGAUUGCUGGAUGUCAAGAGUAUCUAACACAAGAAAACUUUGAGAAAUUGUGGUGCUGGUUGUACCCUGUAGCGUGUAUAAUAUCGAGAGAUUGGGUAAAUCCUAUCUGGAAUUCCACAUCACCUAAAUGGAUCGAAGGAUUCAUCACCAAGGAGGAGGCAGAAGCUUCACUUCAAGGUCCGGCAGGAUUUCAAGAACCUGGUACUUUUAUACUUCGGUUCCCUACCUCAAGAAGCUGGCCCCACCCAGAUGCUGGUAGCCUAAUUGUUACUUACAUUGGCAAGGACUACAAACUUCGCCACAGACUACUUUCAAUGGAUCAUAUAUAUGGCUCUGAUAGAAGAAUUGACGUGAAACCAUUGCAAGAUAUGCUAUUGGCAGAACCUGAGCUGUCUCGGUUGGGAAGGACAAUGAGAAGUUAUAAAGCACACUUGCAGCAUUAAGGCAGAAUGUCCUUCAUUAUCGAGUCAAAGUUGCUUUUCAAGGUUGUAUUGGCAUUAUAGACUCAAAAAGGAGGUUGAGGUUAAGGUUGGAUUAUGAUUGUUUAUUAUUCAUUUAGUUUGUAUAUUAUAGAUAUAGAUGUAAGGUGGCUUCUAACGUGAGACAACUACUAAAUGCCUCACCAGUGCACCACUAAAAUUACACCGUUAGGUGUGAUCAAUGAUUUAGAUUUGUUUAAAAUAAAAAUUUGACAACUUUAAAAUUUUAAUAAAAAUAGAGUAUUUAUUAUCAAAA